AUGUCCACUACUGCCCCAGUUCUCGUUACAAGCACAGCUACUCCCUCCCUUCCCCGGAAGGUGACUGCAGAUCCACUUCAGGAUGAAUUCAAGAGACUGCAAGAACUGUUCACUGUCGGAUCUGCCAAGCUGAAGCAGAUUACUGACCACUUUGUCCAUGAACUCGAAGCUGGUCUCAGUGGCCAGGGCGGCGACCUUCCAAUGAAUCCAACAUGGGUGAUGCAACUGCCCCACGGCGACGAAAAAGGAACCUUCUUCACUAUGGACAUGGGAGGCACCAACUUUCGCGUCUGCAAAGUGACCCUGCACGGCACCGCGGGCAAGUACGACGUCCUUCAGAUGGACAACAAGAUCCCCAAUUCGUUAAAGUCUGGCACGGCAGAGCAACUGUGGCACUACGUUGCCGACUGUCUCCAGCAGUUCAUCGAUCGCUAUUCCAUCUCGGAGAAGGAACUCGCUGAGACGCCUCUCGCCUUUACCUUUUCCUACCCUGUCACCCAAACAUCCGUCUCGAAUGGAAUCCUCCAGCGAUGGACCAAGGGCUUUGACAUUAGCGGUGUCGAGGGGACGGAUGUGGUUGCUGAGCUUCAGAAGGUUCUCACGGAGAAGGGUCUCCCCACUAGGAUCGUCGCCUUGGUCAACGACACAGUCGGUACCCUGAUGGCUUCUUCCUACGUCGACCCGAAGACCGAAAUCGGUAGCAUCUUCGGCACAGGCAGUAAUGCAGCGUACAUGGAGCGAUGCUCCAAGAUCCCGAAACUGUCCGAUCACAAUCUCCCUGGUGACGCAUUCAUGGCCAUCAACUGCGAAUACGGCGCCUUUGACAACAGCCAGCGGGUGCUCCCCUUCACUAGCUACGACGUCGAGGUCGAUCGCGCCUCCCCCAGACCCGGUCAACAGCGAUACGAGAAGAUGGUCGCUGGCUUCUAUCUUGGGGAGAUCUUCCGGCUGAUUCUGCUUGAUCUCCACGAUAAUGGCAAAGCGAUUUUCCACGGUCAGGAUAUCUCCAAGCUACGCGAGCCAUAUGUUCUGGACUGCUGUUUCCUGGCUACCAUUGAGAGCGACAAGACCGGAGAUUUCAAGACAACCAAAGAUCUAUUCGAGACAACACUGUCCAUCACGCCAGCCCCGUCCGAGCUACGCUUCUGCUAUGACCUGGCACACAUGAUUGCCUUGCGGUCGGCUCGGCUGUACGCGUGCGGCAUCGCGGCCAUCAUGAAGAAGCGGGCUUUGGACAGCUGUCAUGUCGCCGUGGAUGGAUCCGUGUUCAACAAGUAUCCGUGCUUCCCGGAGAGGGCGAUCGGUGCGCUGAAGGAGAUCCUGGAGUGGCCUGCUGAGACCCCGGAUCCGAUCCGGCUGAUUCCUGCUGUGGAUGGCUCGAGUGUAGGAGCUGCGGUGAUUGCCUCGUUGAUAAGCAGGUCAAACCAGCGGUAG